GUUGGUUGUAAUGAGAAGGUGCAGUAGGACAACUAAGAUGGAGCAUAAAUGUAUUGAUGACAAACUCAUUGGAUAAUUUCCAUAAGAAUCUCCAUCGGAGGGGAAAGUCUUGAGGGGAGAAGACCGGAUAGUAGACACAUCCAGAGAAGGAUGACAGUCAUGCUCUCUCUGCGGAAUAGGUGGUUUGCCUUGAGUCUGGGCUUAAGCUGAACAGAGAUUGUUCUGAACUGCAUCUUAGCAGAGGAUUGCGUACUGUGAGGGCUGGAAGACUACAGUACAGUAUUGUAUUGGCUGUUGACCUUUGGUUGCGAGGACACAUCUGACUCUAGACCUUCACUGUGAGGAGAUAUCAAACCACAGAGGGUGAGGUCACAGCUGCCAAGCUGCAGCAAUGGACUUUGAGGAGAGGCAUCCUCCCUCCUCAACAGUGACCUACCUGCCCCUCUCAUCAUGCCGGACGAUCCUUUUGUUGCCAUCUACAUCGUCCUGGAGCUGCUGAUCGCCGUGUUGUCUGUUCUGGGCAACGUGCUGGUCUGCUGGGCCGUGUGUCUCAACAGCAACUUGCAGAGCAUCACCAACUUCUUCGUCGUGUCCCUGGCAGUGGCUGAUAUCGCUGUGGGGGUGCUGGCCAUCCCCUUCGCCAUCCUCAUCAGCACCGGGUUCUGCUCCAACUUCUACGGGUGUUUGUUCAUCGCUUGUUUCGUGCUGGUACUCACCCAGAGCUCCAUUUUCAGCCUGUUGGCCAUCGCCAUAGACCGCUACAUCGCCAUCAAGAUCCCCCUGAGGUACAACAGCCUAGUGACUGGCCAGCGUGCCAAGGGCAUCAUUGCCAUCUGCUGGGUCCUGUCCAUCAUCAUUGGCCUGACUCCCAUGAUGGGCUGGAACAAGUUCACUGAGAACCUGAACAGUACCUGCCCACCUGGCCUGAUGAAGUGCCUGUUUGAAGAGGUGGUUGUCAUGGAAUACAUGGUCUACUUCAAUUUCCUAGCCUGUGUGCUAGUGCCCCUGCUCCUCAUGCUGGCCAUCUACCUAGUCAUUUUCAUGGCAGCCCGACGCCAGCUGAAGCUCAUCGAGCUAAAGGCUGCGCACGGAGAGAAGUCCCGUUCAACCCUCCAGAAGGAGGUCCAAGCGGCCAAGUCUCUGGCUAUCAUCGUGGGCCUGUUUGCCAUUUGCUGGCUGCCUCUGCACCUCAUCAACUGCUUCACCCUGUUCUGCCCCCAGUGUGCCCACGCGCCCCUCUGGACCCUCUACGUGGCCAUCAUCCUCUCCCACGCCAACUCGGUCGUCAACCCCUUCAUCUACGCCUACCGCAUCCGGGAGUUCCGCCACACCUUCCGCAAGAUCAUCCGGCGCCACGUCCUGGGCCGCCGGGAACUGUUCGAGAGCGGCGGCAGCGUGCGCACCACCGCCCACAACAGCAUCAGCGACUCUGUGAGAGUCAAGGCCAACGGCAUCAGCUUCGACCUCUUCACAGAGCACAGCAGCAGCAGCAGCUGUGAAAGCUCCUGCCGCUACUCCGCCCACUUGGGGGGCAUCCUGUCAGCGUCUCAGCCCCCUCCGUUAGCCGUCGCCCCCCACAGUCCCCUGGUGGGUCCCCCUGCACCCCAGCCCCUCAGACAGACACAUGCUCACCCCACAGGGCCCCCACUGCAGUGUGGAGAACUGCAGCAGGGGGCCUUCAUGGGGACGGAAGUGGUAGAGGUGAAGGCCAGAGAGAGUUUCUCGUCUGCCCGGGUCAAAUCAUCGUUCUGUAAACAAACACUCUGCUCCACCGAACUCACGGAGGUGUCCUGAUAGCGAGAUCAUCAUUCACGAAGGUUUCGUAUUCACACUGACUUGACGGUGUGGAUUCAAACAGGCGGGCGUCUUUGGCGUCUGUUAGACGUGCAAGGGUUCUAUGGAAAUCUCUGGGCAGACUGGCAUUCGAGCUGAGAAGUGACAUUUGGUUGGUUACCUAAAAGACUUCAUUCCACUUCAUUGGUACCAUGGUAUUGUCUUGAAUACCAACAUCCGCUCAGUUGCAAAAAGGAUUAUUUUUGGGGGCACAGACAUUGGGGUUUAAGCUUCUUUUUUUACAGAAACUAUAUUUGUAUUUAUGGUUGAAGUCACACUGAUGUGGUUUUGUUGCAGGACUCUCAUUCUGUGACUCUUUGCUCAUUUGAUUUGAUUUUUCACUUCUGCAUGUGUGUCGCAGUUUGUAUGUUUACCACAGCAGUACCAAUAUUUCUUUACCUCAGUUUAUUUAUCGGCCAAAUAUCAUUGAGGCUACCUUGUCUUUUAGUCGUUUUGAAACAGAAUGAGGUGGAAAUACUAGUUUCCCACUGAUUAUUGUCAUGUUACUGCCAGAGUUCUUUGUGUUCUCACGUGUUGGAUGCAAUGCAGUGCCUUUUGUUAUAUAAUAAAUCUUUGUUUUUC